AUCAAAAUAAUCGUACACUUUACUAAAUAUUUUGGGGUAGGUUGGCCUCUCUUAUAAGACAAUUUAUUCAGACAUUACCAAAACUCUUUUUACAAUAAAACUCCUUCAAACUUACAGACAGUUGGUCCUAUAACUGUCAAAGGUUUAGAAAAUAUUUACAUGUUAUCUACUCUAUUUUUUAAUAGAAGGUUUUUGAUAAUGAUUUAGUUUUGAUUAACUUAUUUUUAUACAUAUUUUACACAAGUAUAACAAUGAAUGUAGGAACUUCAUUGCGUUCUUUAAAAUCUGGACGAUCGUCGAGGUCUGAGAAGGUUACCCGCACCGCUUCCGUGGAAGGCGAGGUCGGCUUUGAUGAAUACAUCAAUGAAGUGUGCAGGCGCUUCAAUAUGCCGAUCGCUGUCGUCGUCGUAAAAAAUCGCAGCCGUGAAGCAAUUUUCAAACCCCAAAAGACAUAUGAAGCCAGUUCCUCCAAAACGAAAGAUAAAUCGGCCAAAUGGAUAAACAAUGUACCUGUUGUUGCAGAAGUCGUCCAGGGUUCCUCUUCAUUCACAACUAAGGAACAACUCGAGCUAACAGAACCGCCCGACCUCCACACUCUGCCUAUAUCAAUUUCGCAGGACCACAACAAUCGACUCACGGAAAUAUCGAUAUCCCACUUUCAUGAACAGCGCCUGCCGAGGAUAUUGAUGCAACUGAUCGGGUUAGCUCUUCCUCACUACUCUCAGCUGACCAAAAUUACGAUAAAAGAUUGUUUUAUAGAUUUCUACACAUUGCACGAACUUGGCAAAGUUAUAGCAUUUACCAACAUCACCGAUAUCUGCUUAGACGACUGCCCCCUGCCCGCAGGUAACUAUGACGCGAUUCUAGCUAGCCCAUCCUGUAUCAGAAACUUUUCGCUCUCCAGAUGUAAAAUCAACGAUGACGUGUGUGAACGCUUAAGUUCUAGGUUAAUCUAUAUGGAAUCAGCAGAAGAAAACUUAGUCGCUUUAAAUCUUAGUUCAAAUCAUAUAACUGACGUUGGAGCUAAAUUUAUAGCAGAGGCUCUCAGAUCCAACAGACACCUACGAUAUUUAAAUCUAGCUGAUAACCUUCUUAGUGACGAGGGCGCCAGGCAAAUACUUGACGUUCUGGUAGAAUUUCCGUUGACGUACGAGGAAAUCAUGGACAAACGAUACAGGCACAUGUUGUACUUGAAAAAGAAACGCACAUUAAUCAUGGAGUUUUUACUCAAAUUGGGAGUACAGUCGCCAGCCGUCAGCCAGGUAGUAAAAAAAAGAGACUCCAUGACUAAAAGGGACUCCAUGACUAAAAGAGACUCCAUGACUAAAAGAGAUUCUUUAUCUAAAAGAGAUUCUAUAAGUAGAAGAGAUUCCUUAUCUAGAAGAGCAUCACCUGUCAAAAGCAAGGGAAGCGUUAAAAGCAUGAAAAAUAAGGAAAAACCUAAAAGCCGCGCAAGCGAUGAAAAUUUACAAGAAAAGGCUGAAACGAUGACCAAAGAUUUAAUAGGAGAAUUCGUAGACCCCUUCAGUAAAGAACAUGUAAGAAUUCAUGAUGAUUUCGUAUUUAGUUUAGGCAAUCUCGCUUUAAGUUACUUGAAUCUAGCUUACAACGACCUAACAUACAUAAGCGUCAAAAGACUGCUGACAGUCAUCAAGUACCAACAGGAUUUCAAGAAGUCAACCUUGACUGGUCUAUUCAAGGUUGUAAUCGAUGGGAACUACAUACCCCGUAACUGCACGGAAUUGACUGCUAUCAAUACUAUGUUGCAUAGACAUAUACUACUAGUUUCUAAACAAAUAUCUGACAAAUACUCUGCUAGAAAAUCCUUGGUGGACAGGCGAAACGUACCCAAAUUUUAAUAAGAUACUUAAAUCAUGUACAAGCCCAUAGCUAUGAAUGUUUAGAUGGGAGAUACUUCUCUUUUUAUAAUAAUUUCCUGUAAUUGAAUUUGUAGGAAAUAAAGACGUUUUGAAAACUUAAAA